CCGGUUUGGCUGCAGCAGUUACUCUGGUACUUGUGGCUCUGCUUGCUAUCAUCAUCUACAAGAAACGACAUUAUUUGUUCCGGCAAGCACCCCCUGUAAGUCAGCUAUCUUUCUUAAUUUUGUUAACUUUUUUUUUUAGAGACUCACAGUGCAAAAUCACAUUCUCGAAGAUCAACGAGGAUGAAAGUGGAGACACAGUCAGUCUCCCAGACAACACACAGUAUCACAAUCCCAUGUUUAACAACCCAAAUCUGUAG